AUGAUUAGAGAUUUUGAUACUGGAAAAAAUGUUGGUUAUAUGGUCAGUUCAAAUCAAACUUUAACUGCCGGUGGACAAUCUACACAAGAACAACAACAAAUGAUUAGAGAUUUUGAUACUGGAAAAGUAAAAGUUUUGGUAGUGACAUCAGUUGCUGAAGAAGGUGUAAAUAUUACUGCUUGUAAUUUAAUUGUUAAAUAUAAUAAUGUUGGUUCUGAACGUUCAAUGAUUCAAAGAAGAGGACGUGCCAGACAGAAAAAUAGUGUAUCUAUUUUGUUGGCUUUAGAUACGGGAGUUGAACAGGCUGAAUAUUUGAAUAUGCAAAAGGAGGCUAUGAUGAUGCAUUGCUUAAUGGAUUUACAAGAAACUAGUGAAACAAGUCUUAAAAUUCAAAUUAAUGCAAAGCGUGAAGAACGAAGAAAAAUUGAGGAAAGAAAACUUAAAGUUUCGGAAAUGAAACGUUUAAGACUUAAUGAUAGACGCUGUCGAUCUUGUAAUAAUCUGAUUUGUAAGAGCACUCAUGUUCGUUCUAUUGCUUAUUCUACUUUUGUGGUUUGUGAUCCUACUGUUUGGAAACGUUCAAAAAUUGACAUUCGAGAGAAGCCGACGAAAGACCAUUUAUUCACAAAAUGUGCCAAAUGGUUAUGUGGGCAAUGUGGUAAUCAAGAAUGGGGAGUUAUUGUGAAAUAUUCAAAUUGUUAUUUACCUCAACUUGGGGCUUCUCUAUUUUCUUUGGAACGUGAAGAUCAAAUAGAUGAAUUAAAUGAAAUGCGUCCAGGAGGGGAUAGGGGAAGAACUUGGCAAAAUAUUCAAGACGAUUAUUUUAAUAUUGAACCGAUUAAUAUGAGAAAUAUUGUAGACAUGUACAGUGCCUUAACCAAUUCUUUUUCAACUUUAACUAAACAAAUGGAUCAACAAGAAUGUAUUGCAAAUAUUAAAUUUAUUGAGAAAAUGAGAGAAAAAAAGAUUGAUAAAAAGAAUAAAAUACAAAUAUUUUUGGAGGAAUAAAUGAAAGGAGAGAGAGGAUUUUAAAUAAAUUAUGGGUUUUAAAAAACAUAUCAAAAUUAGAGCUUUAAUUUUUUUGUUUUACAAAAAAAGUAUAGUAUAAAUUUAAAUUAUUUUUUAAAAAUAUUUUUUCUUAAAUAAUUAGUAUUUAAUACUAAAAAAAUAUUUUUUUUCAGAAUUUUUAAAAUUUUAUUUAAAAAUAUUUUUUUGCGGACUGUCCGCAUUUAUAAAUAGCGGAUUUUUUAAAUUAAUUGCGGAUUUUUUCUGUUCAAUUUUUUUUGCUUGGGGUAAUUACAUUCUUGAUUCAGAAUUAGGGUUGGGGGCCCGUUCCG